GUGAUAAUGAUGAUAAUGGUGAUAUUAAAAAAUCAUUGUCAUCAUCAUCAUCGACAACAAAAACGAUCAAUAAUCACCACAGUAUUCAAUCGUCAUCAUCAUCACCAUCAUUAUCUAUUCCAUCGAUGUAUGGGGGAAAUUUGGAUGAUUUUAUUGAUGAAUUACGGCAACGUAAUAUCGAUAAUGAUAAUGAUGAUGAUGACGAUGGUAUAGUUAUCACCAACAACAACAACAACAACAACAAUAUUAUUACUAAUAAUGAAAAUAUGAAUCCAAUUAUGAAUACGAAUUCAAUUUAUACUAGUCAAUCAUCUGCCACUACCAAUACUAACAGUGAUAUAUUAUUAUCACGUUUAGCUAAAAAAGAAAAAGAUUUAAUAUUAGCCGCUGAAUUAGGUAAAGCAUUAUUAGAUCGUAAUGAAGAAUUAAGUCGUAUGAAUGAACAAUUGAAUGAAGAAUAUACAAAAAAUAUUGAGCUAUUGGAACAGGAAAAAUAUGCAUUAAGAAAAAAAUUAAAUUCAAUUGAAAUUGAAUAUGAAAAUAAAUUACAUGAUCUACAUAGUGAUCUGGAAACGGCGAAUGAAAAUCUUCGUACACAUGUUGAUAUUAGUAAACAAUCAGAAUUGGAAACAAAUCGUAUGAUUGCUGAAUUAAGUGAACAGAAUCGAAGGCUAACCACUGAAUUGAAAGAGACAACGAAUCGAGAAUCAAUGUUGGAAAAAGAAAUUCAAUCAUUGAAAGAACAAUUCAGUGCACGACGUAUCAAUUUUAGUGAUCAUCUUGGCCAGUUAGAAGGAUUGCGUGAUGAAAUAAAUUUACUUACAAAUCGUAAACGUGAAUUAGAGAAUAAAAUAUCAUCAUUGAAUGAGGAAAAAAUGUCCAUAUCAAUUACAUUGGAUGAAUCACAAUAUCGUAUAAUGGCAUUGGAAAAACAAUUACAAGAUAAAGAAUUAAAUUUACAAAAUCAACAAAAAGAUCUCGAAGAUUUACGACGUACAAUGAUUCAUUAUCAGAAUCGUAUUGAUUCAUUAAUGAAGUUGCGUACAUUUGAUAUCGGUACACAACAAAUAUCAUCAUUAUAUAAUGAAAUUGAAAUUUCAUCACAAUCAUCUGGUGAUGAUCAUCACAAUAAUAAUCAUCAUCAUCAUCAUAAUCACCAUCAUCAUCAUUCAUCAAAUCAUAAUCAUCAAAAUGUUGGUGGUGGAUAUCUAUCCGAUACCGAUGAUAUUGACAUGUUUCCAAUCGAUAGCCGUUGUAAUCGAUGUUUUAAAAAUAAACAAGAAAUUAGUGAUUUAUAUCAAAAACUUAAACAAAUCUAUGAUGAUCUCUAUAAACGUCAACACCAAAGUGAACAACAACAAAAACAACAGGAACAAAAUACAUCUACCAUGAUAAAUGGAACUAUAGAUAUUAUGUCCGAUUCAAAUACAACAUCUUCAUCAUCAUCAUCAUCAACGAAUGGUGAAUCAUCGCCUACAGCACGUAGUGUAGAUCAUAAUCAUGAUAGUGGUAUUCAAACAAACAUUGGCCUUAUCGAUGAUUUGAAUAUGAUUGUUUGUGAUAUACAGGACCUCAUUAAAAAUUUUGAUUACAUGUCACAAUGUUCAUUUUGUCAACAAUUUCGUAUUGAAAGAAUGGAAUUAGAAAGAUUACAUAAAACAACACAACAAGAUAAAGAAGAAAUUGGUAAAUUAAAAGCUGAAAUUCUUCAACUAUCAUCAACAGUGACGAUGAAUGAUGUUGAAUUGAUUGCUGCACGUGAACGAUUAGCAGCUUUUGAACAGGAUAGACAAGCAGAUAAUCAAUCACAAGAUGAAAUUGUUAAACGAGCUUUAAAAAUGCGUGAUGAAACUAUUUCCCGUAAGAAUUUAGUCGAAAUUGAAUUGGCCAAAAUACGAAUCGAAUUGAUGCAUGUAAAUAGUCAACUAUUGGAAACGAUUCAACAAAAAAUUGAAUUAUCACAACAGCUUGAACAAUGGCAGGUUGACAUGGAAAUCCUAAUCGAAGAACAGUUAAGAAAUAAAUUAAGUCUACAUGAAAAAUCAUCAUCAUUAAAUGGUCAUUAUAAUAUCAAUGGUCAUGUAAAUAAUAAUAAUAAUAAUAAUGGUAGUAGUAAAAAAGAAAAUCGAUUCGGUUUGAUUAAUCUGGCCAAAUUGUUAACCUAUCAACGAACAUAAUGAUUUUUUUUUCACUUGUUUGAUUUUUUUUAUUGUUUAUUUUUGUAAUUUUUUUUCUC